CCUAGAAGACUUGCCAUACAAAUGUUGCUGCACCGUAUAUCCGCCCUAUUUGUGGUUCCCCGAGCGCUUCAAAUGCCCAGAUGUUUCCCAAUUCCCAUGGCUUUGAUGUUGAUAUUCUGUCGUUCGAGAAGCUUGACCGUUGCAGUCGCUGUCUUGGCUCUGGAAUUCCAGUGUAGGUCCAUCCUAGUCAUAACUCGAUCUGUGCAGAUCUAUAAUGGUCGAGGACAGUCUUAUGCAAUGACGAGUGUAGACUGGUAACGACGGGCUGUCCUAGAAUCAAGACCGUGUGCAAACCUGCGCAACCCACGAGUACGAGCAAUCUAAGUCAAUCUGAGUCCGUUGAAAUGCACAAUGACUGCCUUCGAUUCACGGAGACUGAUGAUAUUGAUCAAUCUAAUGGAAACGAACAUGUCCGAAGGCAGUUUUUUUAUAGCAAAAGUAGAGUAGUUUGUACAGUGCUGGCAGGGAGAUCAUAUUAUGAAUAAGUCUACAGAAUGAUGUGGGUGUUCCGAGAGUGUGAUGCAGGAUAAAUAUUGAUAAAGUUUGCUGCCGUGAGGCUCACAGUCCGACGCAUUCCGCAAAGUCGGGGCAUUGUUGACUCAGAUUCAGACCAUGGCUUUGGCAGCAACAAGACCUGAAAAAAAAACAGUGUAUUGGUAGCCUUGCUACAUAGCCAGCAUUCAAAAAAGCAGAGGCUCCAACAGUUUCUGAUUUACGC